GACACGCCACAAGAGUACCAUAUAAAAAUGGUGGGACUCGGAGCACUUCAGCUCCAAUUGCUCUAUGUUUAGAAUUACCUUUCUUUCAAGAUGGAUUUCCUUCAUAGGAAUGGAGUGCUCAUUAUUCAGCAUUUGCAGAAGGACUACCGAGCUUACUACAAUUUUCUAAACUUUAUGUCCAAUGUUGGCGACCCCCGGAAUAUCUUUUCUAUUUAUUUUCCGCUUUGGUUUCAACUUAAUCAGACAGUUGGAACUAAGAUGAUAUGGGUAGCAGUCAUUGGGGAUUGGUUCAAUCUUAUUUUUAAAUGGAUAUUAUUUGGUCAUCGGCCUUACUGGUGGGUCCAAGAAACUCAGAUUUACCCAAAUCACUCAAGUCCAUGCCUUGAACAGUUUCCCACUACAUGCGAAACAGGUCCAGGAAGUCCAUCUGGCCAUGCAAUGGGCUCAUCGUGUGUCUGGUAUGUCAUGAUAACGGCUGCCCUGAGCCACACUGUCAGUCGGAUGGAUAAGUCAUCUAUCACUCUGCACAGAUUGACCUGGUCAUUUCUUUGGAGUCUUUUUUGGUUGAUUCAAAUCAGUGUUUGCAUCUCCAGAGUAUUCAUAGCAACACAUUUUCCUCAUCAAGUUAUUCUUGGAGUAAUUGGUGGCAUGCUUGUGGCAGAGGCCUUUGAACACACUCCAGGCAUCCAAACAGCCAGCCUGAGCACAUACCUGAAGACCAACCUCUUCCUCUUCCUGUUUGCACUUGGCUUUUACCUGCUUCUCAGACUGCUUGACAUUGACCUGCUGUGGUCUGUGCCCAUAGCCAAGAAGUGGUGCGCCAACCCUGACUGGAUCCACAUUGACACCACGCCUUUUGCUGGGCUGGUGAGAAACCUUGGGGUCCUCUUUGGCUUGGGCUUUGCAAUCAACUCAGAGAUGUUCCUCAGGAGCUGCCGAGGGGAAAAUGGCUACAAGCUGAGCUUCCGGCUGCUCUGCGUCCUGGCCUCAUUGACCACACUGCAGCUCUACCAUUUCAUCAAGAUCCCCACUCACGCAGAGCAUUUAUUUUAUGUGCUGUCUUUCUGUAAAAGUGCAUCCAUUCCACUGACUGUGGUUGCUUUGAUUCCCUACUGUAUUCAUAUGCUAAUGAAACCAAGUGCAAAAAAGGUUAAUUAGAGUUGUGCAGAAUUAGCACUCUGUGGUCCCAGGUUGACCCUCCUGCUCCAUCCA